AAUCUCAGUUUAGAAGAUAAAUAUUAUGUUUUACGAAUAGAAUCUGCUUUUUAACAUAGCGUGACAUAACAUUAUUACAUCUGAAUAUAAAACGAUUUCUAGGUAUACGGUACCGCGAAGUCUGUAUGUGGAAAACCCAUUUUUCUGACUGCACCUAAAGGCAGCACUGUAUGAGCUAAUCUGUAGCGGAGGGAGCCUGCCGCCGCAGCGUGGAUAUGUCGGACCCGGCUACACAGGCCUUACAGCCCCGGCUUCUCCAAGCCCAGUCGAGUGGCUCAGCGGGGUCCGGCACAGGGAACAGCGACCCGGUUAGACCAGGACUUAGCCAGCAACAGCGUGCGAGCCAGAAGAAAGCCCAAGUCCGAGCUUUCCCACGGGCGAAAAAGCUUGAGAAACUUGGCGUGUUCUCCGCGUGCAAGGCCAGUGACACAUGCAAGUGCAAUGGAUGGAAAAACCCGAACCCCCCCUCAGCUACACGGAUGGAUCUGCAGCAGCAAGCAGCUAGCCUGAGCGAGCCCUGCCGCAGCUGUGGACAUGCCCUGGCUGAUCACGUGUCGCAUCUGGAGAACGUGUCUGAGGAUGAGAUUAACAGACUAUUGGGAAUGGUGGUUGAUGUGGAGAAUCUUUUCAUGUCUGUACACAAAGAGGAGGACACUGAUACCAAACAAGUGUACUUCUACCUUUUCAAGCUGCUGAGGAAAUGCAUCCUACAGAUGAGUCAGCCUGUUGUAGAGGGAUCCCUCGGAAGCCCACCUUUUGAAAAGCCCAACAUCGAGCAGGGCGUUUUGAAUUUCGUACAGUACAAGUUCAGCCACCUUGCCCCAAAGGAGAGACAGACCAUGUUUGAACUGUCAAAGAUGUUUCUCAUAUGUCUGAAUUACUGGAAGCUUGAGACACCAACACAGUAUCGUCAGCGUACCCAGAAAGAUGACGCAACAGCAUACAAGUUGGACUACACCAGGUGGUUGUGCUACUGCCACGUCCCGCAAAGUAACGACAGUUUGCCGCGCUAUGAGACCACGCAGGUGUUUGGCCGAAACUUGCUCAAGUCCAUCUUUACGGUUACUCGCCGCCAGCUCCUGGAGAAGUUCAGAGUGGAGAAGGACAAACUGCUGCCAGAGAAACGCACACUUAUUCUUACGCACUUUCCCAAGUUCCUGUCGAUGCUGGAAGAAGAAAUAUAUGGUGAAAAUUCACCCAUAUGGGAGGCGGGCUUCACCAUGCCAGCCUCAGACAGCACGCAGAUUGGACAUCAGACCGUGAUCAGUCCUGCUUCAGGGUCUGGGUCUCCUGCUUUGUCCAAAUGUCUGAACAGCACCUCCUCUCUGGGCAGCACUGACAUGGGAGGUGUAGAGCCCAUCACAGGGGACAAACGCAAACUUCCAGAGGCAUUGACGCUGGAAGAUGCCAAGAGGAUCCGUGUGAUGGGGGACAUUCCUAUGGAGCUGGUGAAUGAAGUCAUGAUGACGAUCACUGAUCCUGUAGCUAUGCUCGGACCGGAGACUAAUUUGCUGACACCUAAUGCUGCCCGUGACGAGACCGCAAGACUAGAGGAGAGACGAGGCAUCAUAGAGUUCCAUGUCAUCGGAAACUCCCUUUCCCAAAAGUCCAACAAGAAGAUCCUGAUGUGGCUGGUUGGCCUUCAGAACGUCUUUUCCCAUCAGUUACCACGCAUGCCCAAAGAGUACAUCACACGACUCGUGUUUGACCCGAAGCACAAAACCUUAGCCCUCAUUAAAGAUGGCCGCGUCAUUGGAGGCGUCUGUUUUAGGAUGUUUCCCACUCAGGGCUUCACAGAGAUCGUCUUCUGUGCUGUCACAUCCAACGAGCAAGUCAAGGGUUACGGCACCCACCUGAUGAACCACCUGAAGGAGUACCACAUUAAACACAACAUCCUUUAUUUCCUCACUUAUGCUGACGAGUAUGCCAUUGGCUACUUCAAAAAGCAGGGGUUUUCCAAAGACAUUAAAGUGCCGAAGAGUCGAUACCUGGGAUACAUCAAAGACUACGAAGGAGCAACCCUGAUGGAGUGUGAGCUAAACCCUAGAAUCCCCUACACAGAGCUUUCUUACAUCAUUAAAAGACAGAAGGAGAUUAUUAAGAAGCUGAUUGAGAGAAAACAGAGUCAAAUCAGAAAGGUUUACCCAGGUCUCACCUGCUUCAAAGAGGGUGUACGACAGAUUCCAGUGGAAAGCAUCCCUGGAAUAAGGGAGACAGGCUGGAAACCCAGUAACAAGGACAAAGGGAAAGAGGUGAAGGACCCCGAUCUGUUGUACAACUUGCUGAAGAACCUCCUGGCACAAAUAAAGACUCAUCCUGAUGCGUGGCCCUUCAUGGAACCUGUGAAGAAAUCUGAAGCUCCUGAUUACUACGAAGUCAUCCGCUUUCCCAUUGACCUGAAGACCAUGACAGAGAAACUGAAGAACCGAUACUACGUGACCAAGAAGCUUUUUAUCGCGGACCUGCAGCGAAUCAUCAGCAACUGCCGCGAGUACAACCCUCCGGACAGCGAGUACUGCAAGUCUGCCAACACCCUAGAGAAGUUCUUCUACUUUAAAUUAAAAGACGGUGGCCUGAUAGAGAAAUAAACUACUGCUCAUGUGAAAAAAUAUUGGCACCAUUGUCAUAUCUGGGUUCAGAAACAGAUAUGAAUACCAUACAUUUUGCAGGGGAGUGUCAAAAUGAUAUCCUCUUCAAGUCUUCUUCUAACAUUUCCCAGAACUCAGCGGGAGUGAAUCAUUCAUGCCUCAUGGAGAGUACCAAAGUCUUACAGGUCCAGGAUUUAAAACUGCUUCUGCUCUCGCUGUUAUUUACUGACGCAUAUUCAUUGUCAUUGAUGAUGGUUUAAUUGCAUAAAACAAGUCACAGGAGACAGUGUAGCUGUUAGAAAACUGAAUAUCGGGACCUAAAGCCAUGUUGCCUUUUGUUACUGAAAGACACUUGAACAUCCCAGCCAGUUUCACGGGUGUGAAGUUGGCCUUUCUCAGAGGAUUCGUUUGGAGAGUGACAGUACUUUGCUCAAAAUACUGAGUCCACUUGAAUCGGCCAUUAAUUGAGAAAUGUAUAUAGUUGUUACUUGGUUAUGAUGUGAAAAUAGUUGAUUUUCUUUUUUCCUCAAAUACUGGUCCGUCAUUUUCCUUUUGAUUAUAGAGUAACCAUUUUUAUUAUCAGUUAGGAAAACAGUUUUUAACGCAUUGUUUACUCUAAACAAUUUGACUGCACAUCCAAACUGUGCUAACCGAUGGAUUUGGUUUCUGAUUUUUCCUGUGCCAAACUAAGCAAUUUCCAGAAGGCUAAUGCUUUCAUGAUCACAUCAUGAUACACUUUCAUAAUAUCCAAGAAACUCUUCAAGUAUUGCAAGGUUUUGUAACACAUGCAAUGUCCAGGUCUCAUUUGGCUUCGCUUUGAAAUGCCUCUACUGGUGAACCACAUGCGUUGGCCCCGAUUUAGUUUUUUUUUCAUCAGUUUUCACAAACAUGAUACAAAUAGUUUUUUGCAUACAGCCACAAUGUUUUGUUUGUUACUUGUUUGCUGGAUCACGUUCGCUGGGGAGAAUCUAACCAGUAAGACUUCCAGAGUAUUCGGGCUUUAGGUUGAGCAUUAAGACAUUGAUUUAUUUCUCACACCAUAUUGACUGCACACAACAGUUUACAUUUGUCCUUUUCCAAAAUGACUUACUUUGUUUUUGCUGUUUACGCAUUUGCUAUUUACUCAAACAAAUUGUUUUCAAUUAUUAGUCAGUGUCAAAGUGCUUCCUGAGAUGCAUCCAGUUUUUCAGGGAAAUAAAUGUCAAAUGCUGACUGAUUCAGCUUAUUGAAUGUUUCAUUGACACUGUAUGUAUGUAUGUAUUUAUGUGUGUGAUAAUCUUUUAUUUUGUACUUGAAGAGCUUUGUUGAAGUGAUAUCAGUGCUUCAUUGUUCAGGGUUUUCAAUAAUGCGUUUCACCUUAAAUCCACCUAUGCUGCAUUUCAAUCCAGUAAAAGAAGCUUCAAUCGGAGUGAAGUUUUCGGCUGUUGAGUUGAAUGCAAUUUACUGUAAAACUGUUCAUGACAAUAAAUGACUUUUUUUAUAUAUGCA